UCGGCGAAGCGCCGUCAGCUGAGCCCGAGCGUCGCGGGUCGCGGCGGACGCGUAUUCGUAAAUAACGACGCGCACGGGCAGGUCGCGACGGGCGGGGGCAGCUACUUGGACGGACGAGCGACGCACGCGAUAUGGUAGACUUGAAGACGAACGUGAGCUUCGCGUGCCAACGAUGUCUACAGCCGCUGCGACUGGACUCGAGCUUCGACCACCUCGGCGAGCACACCCUGGCCGAACUCUCGCUUCCUAUACAGCAGCAGGUUGUUGGAGAAUUAGAGCCCCAAAGCGACAGUAUAGAACACUUGGUUCCACCGUUCAGAUUGACCGAGUCGGGAAAUGGUACAAAUGGAUUCAUGUUGGUCGGCGAUUCCGGCGAGACGGAGAGUUUGAGUCAUCAUUUGAAGGUGCGAGCAACAUUAUUUGACAUUCUCAGCAGUAGCAGUUCGGCGGACCAUCCACUUUGCGACGAAUGUACAGACAGCCUCUUGCUGCUGAUGGAUCAGCAAUUGCGAAUGACAGAGGGGGAAUGGUCGGAUUAUAAUGAGUACCUGAAGAAAUUAGAAAUUGAGCAACAGUACCAGGGACAUGAGGACGUGGAGAUGGAAAAUCUCACCAAGGAGCUGCAGGACGUAAAGGCCGAGGAGGAGAGAAUGAUAAGGGAGCUGGAGGCAUUGAGAAAGGAAGAGAUAGCCACUAGGAAUGCCAUAGCGGAACAGGAGAGAGAAAGGGAGAAAUUGCAGAGCGAGGAGGACAGAUAUUGGAAAGAAUAUUCAAAGCACAGAAGAGAUCUCAUGUUAGCUGACGAUGAAUGUCGCAGCCUGGACAAUCAACUCUCGUACGCAGCCUCGCAGCUCGAAAGGUUGAAGAAGACGAACGUUUUCAACGCCACAUUUCAUAUCUGGCAUUCUGGCCACUUUGGGACUAUAAAUUCAUUCCGAUUGGGACGAUUGCCGAGCGCGCCGGUAGACUGGAGCGAGAUAAACGCCGCGUGGGGGCAAACUACCCUUCUUCUAGUGGCUCUCGCGCGCAAAAUGAAUUUAACGUUCAAGCGUUUCCGUUUAGUGCCAUUUGGCAAUCACAGUUAUAUCGAGGCUUUGGAUCAAAACAAAGAGCUUCCCCUGUACGGAAGUGGAGGAUUCAAGUUUCUAUGGGACACGAAAUUUGACGCAGCUAUGGUCGCGUUUCUGGAUUGUUUGCAACAAUUUAAGGAACAGGUGGAAAAGGGAGACAGUGAAUUUUGUCUGCCAUAUAGAAUGGAUCGGGGCAAAAUUGAAGACUCCGCUACGGGCAACUCCUAUUCCAUAAAAAUACAAUUCAAUUCAGAAGAACAAUGGACUAAGGCCUUAAAGUUCCUACUGACAAAUUUAAAAUGGGGUCUUGCAUGGGUUAGCUCUCAAUUCACAAAGGAUGAACUGAACACAAAUUGAAUGUCAGUCUCCUUGUAAUUCUGUAUAAACUUUAAUUGUGCAAGUAUCUCGUCAUUGCUUGUGUAUAAAUGCUCUAUUUGUAAAUAAACGCGGUUGAACGAUGU